ACUUUCAUCAAGAAAAGUUCAAACAUAAACGGAAAAAAAAAAAAAAGAUGAAGAAGAAAGAUGAAAGGUGCACAGAGCACAUGCCACCAUUCUUACACCUUGUCGUUAUUGCUCGUCUCGAUUCUACUAUUUCAUCAUCCUACCGUUUCGGUCGAUGUCAACACUUUGUCGUCCACAGAAUCUCUUACAAUCUCAAGCAACAGAACACUUGUUUCUCCCGGCGGAGUCUUCGAGCUUGGUUUCUUCAAACCAUCGGCGCUCCAGCGUUGGUAUUUGGGAAUAUGGUAUAGAAAAGUCUUUGAUCAGAAAACCUACGCAUGGGUCGCCAACCGAGACAACCCUCUGUCCAAUUCCAUUGGAACCCUCAAAAUCUCUGGCAACAAUCUUGUCCUGCUAGGUCACUCUGUUUUGUGGUCCUCGAAUCUUACUAGAGGAAAUGUUAGUUCUCCGGUGGUAGCAGAGCUUCUUCCCAACGGUAAUUUUGUAAUGAGAUACUCCAACAAAAGUGGAUUCUUGUGGCAGAGUUUCGAUUUUCCGACGGAUACUUUACUUCCGGGGAUGAAACUAGGUUACCAUCGCAAAACAGGGCGCAGCAGGUUCCUCACAUCAUGGAGAAGUUCUGAUGAUCCCUCAAGCGGGUAUUUCACGUACGAACUCGACACUCGAAGGGGCUUGCCCGAAUUCUUUGUGAUGUAUAACGAUAUUGAACUGUAUCGGGGCGGUCCGUGGAAUGGAAUCGAGUUUAGUGGCAUAUCGAAGCCUAAGGAUCAAGAACUAUAUUACAAUUACACGGAUAACAGUGAGGAGGUCACGUACACGUUCCUUAGUGCCAACCAAAGCAUCUACUCUAGAUUUACCAUCGUUUACUAUGGGUCCCUCUAUCUAUCCACGUGGAUCCCGCCAUCAUCUGGAUGGAGGGAUUUCGAUGCUUUACCAACGGCAGAAUGCGAUUAUUAUAAUAUCUGUGGACCCAAUGCUUAUUGUAAGUUAAACAAUACAUGUCACUGUUUGGAAGGGUUCGACCCCAUGAACCCGCGGCAGUGGAGCGCGAGAGAACGAUCAGAAGGGUGUGUGAGGAGGACACCGCUGAGUUGCAGCGGAAAUAGGUUUUUAUUGCUUAAGAAGACGAAACUUCCAGAUACCAAGAUGGCUAGUUUUGAUCGGAGAAUUAACUUGAAGAAAUGUGAAGAGAGGUGCCUUAGGGAUUGUACCUGUACUUCGUUCGCGGCUGCGGAUGUUCGAAAUGGCGGAACGGGUUGUGUGAUGUGGACCAGGCAGCUUAAUGAUACCCGGACUUACUCCAUCGGUGGUCAAGAUCUCUAUGUCAAAUUGGCUGCUGCUGAUACAGUUUUUUCCUCGGACGAGGAGAGAGACAGAAAUGGAAAAAAAAUAGGUUGGAGUGUAGGAGUCAGCUUAAUGCUUAUUCUGAGUGUUAUCGUGUUCUGCUUUUGGAAAAGGAGACAGAAGCAAGCAAAACCAGCUGCAACACCUAUAGUUCAAAACCAAGGUCUAAUGAUCGGGGUGGUAUUACCAAGACAAAUACCAUCCCGGAGAAACUUGUCUGAAGAGAACGCGGUAGAAGAUUUGGAACUUCCAUUGAUGGAGUUUGAAGCUGUUCUCACAGCCACCGAACAUUUUUCUAACUGUAACAAAGUUGGAGAAGGUGGCUUCGGCGCUGUUUACAAGGGAAGGUUACUUGACGGGCAAGAAAUUGCGGUGAAGAGACUAUCAGAAAUGUCAGCUCAAGGUACCAAUGAAUUCAUGAAUGAAGUCAGGCUAAUUGCAAGGCUUCAGCACAUAAACCUUGUACGGCUUCUUGGAUGUUGCGUUGAUGAGGGAGAGAAGAUCUUGAUCUACGAGUACUUGGAGAAUCUAAGCCUCGAUUCUCAUCUCUUUGGUUUAACCAGAAGCAGUAUGCUAAAUUGGCAAAUGAGAUUUGAUAUCAUCAAUGGUAUUGCUCGAGGAAUUCUCUAUCUUCACCGAGAUUCAUCCAUUCGAAUCAUCCAUAGGGAUUUGAAAGCAAGCAACAUCUUGCUUGACAAAGAUAUGACUCCAAAAAUUUCGGACUUCGGAAUGGCUAGGAUCUUUGGACGAGAUGAGACGGAAGCUAACACAAGGAAGGUGGUCGGAACUUACGGCUACAUGUCCCCAGAAUACGCUAUGGAAGGGAUAUUCUCUAUGAAGUCAGAUGUCUUCAGUUUUGGAGUCUUGCUUCUUGAAAUUAUAAGUGGCAAGAGGAAUAAAGGAUUCAACAACUUGGGCCGUGACAACAAUCUUCUCGAUUGUGUGUGGAGGAAUUGGAAAGAAGGUCAAGGUCUAGAGAUUGUAGACACGGUCAUCAUAGAUUCUUCAUCACCAACGUUCAGGCCACGUGAUAUCCAAAGGUGUUUACAAAUUGGCCUCUUGUGUGUUCAAGCCCGUCCAGAUGAUAGACCAAUUAUGUCGGCAGUUGUUUUCAUGCUGGAAAGCGAAGCAGCAGAUAUUCCUCAACCUAAACCGCCAGGUUAUUGCGUCAUAGGAAAUUAUUCGACUUGGAGUAAACAGCGAGACCGUGAAUCUUGCACAGUGAACCAGAUCACCAUGUCGAUUAUAGACGCUAGGUAAUGUGAUGUAAAGAAACCACCCUUGAUAGUGCUUAACACUAGCCCAAGACCGUAAUACCCGA